AUGCCUCCCGUAAAGAAGCGCAAGACUAGAGCGACUGCAGAGAAAGAGAAUGCAGAUGCAAAUCCUACGACCGCCCCGAAAAGCGAAUCGCCUAUCGCAGCAGAACAGGCAGCACCUGAGAUAGGAAUGCAGGAAGAAGCACAAUCUGGGCCCCCGGAGACAUCAGAUGCCGCAUCUAAAGCGAAAGAGCGUAUGGAAAAAUUUAAGGCAUUGCAAGCACGCGCCAAAACCGGCGCCCAGAAGAACUUGAAGGAGGCAACCCUGGAAUCGCAACGUCUGGCGACAGAUCCAAAUCUCCUUACAUCUCUGAACCGAAAGUCUGCGAUCGCAUCACAUAACUUACUGAAAGCGGACACCGAGAUUUCUGGGGGCGACUUUGAGAGAAAGAGAGCGUGGGAUUGGACGAUCGAGGAGAGCGAGAGAUGGGACAAGCGGAUUAAGAAAAAAGAUGCACAUAGGGAUGAUCAGGCAUUCCAAGAUUACAGGCAAGACAGUCGGAAGGUUUACAAGCGACAGAUUCGAGAUUUGAAGCCAGAUAUGGAGCAUUACGAGAAGCAGAAGAUGGCGGCAGUAGAGAAGGCUGCUGCGAGUGGAGGGCUUGAGAUUGUGGAGACGGAAGAUGGAGAGUUAGUCGCUGUAGACAAGGACGGCACAUUCUACUCUACGGCUGACUCUACUGGAUUCGUCGAACACAAGCCUCCCAAAGAUGCAGUGGACCGGCUGGUUAAGGACCUGCAGCAGGCAGAGGAGGCGAGAUUGAAGAAGCGGAGAGACAAGAUGGGUGCGAAUGGGGAUGAUGGUGAUGUCACGUACAUCAAUGAGAAGAACAAGCAGUUCAAUCAGAAGCUGAACAGAUUUUACAACAAGUACACAGCAGAAAUACGGGACAGUUUUGAGCGUGGAACGAUGAUAUGA